UGUCAGUUUGACAAGUAUCUUUUACUUUACAAUGUUAUACACAAGAGAUUUUUCUUUUUGUAUAUUGUAAAACAAGCCUAUACAAACCUUUUAGUUUAUCUGAUGGCUCAAUCCAAAGACAAAAUGAGCGAAAUCGACGAGCACAUCAUGAAGCGGUUCGACAUCCAGAAACGACUAGGCAAGGGGGCCUAUGGCAUCGUCUGGAAAGCCAUCGAUCGAAAGACCAAAGAAGUAGUGGCUGUGAAGAAGAUUUUCGAUGCAUUUAGAAAUCAAACCGAUGCUCAAAGGACCUACAGGGAGAUUAUGUUUCUACAGUCGUUUAAGAGCCAUCCUAAUAUUGUUAAACUGCACAGUGUUCACAGAGCUGCCAAUAACAGAGACAUUUAUUUAGGUUUUGAGUACAUGGAAACUGAUCUACACAACGUCAUUAAAAGAAAAUCGAUCCUGAAAGACGUCCACAAGAGAUAUAUCAUAUACCAAUUAUUAAAGGCUAUCAAAUAUAUACAUUCUGGUAACGUCAUACACAGGGAUAUGAAGCCAAGUAACGUUCUGUUGGAUAGUCUAUGUAGGUGUAAGAUAGCAGAUUUUGGAUUAGCCAGAUCUCUUUCACAAGGAUCAGAAGGAUCCGUCAACGGAUCAGAUGGUGAUCCUACACUGACUGACUAUGUAGCAACGAGGUGGUAUAGAGCACCCGAAAUUUUAAUAGCUAAUAGGAGGUAUACAAAAGGCAUAGAUCUAUGGAGCAUAGGAUGCAUUCUUGCAGAAAUGGUUUUAGGAAAACCUAUAUUUCCAGGAACAUCUACGGUAAACCAAGUAGAGAAGAUAAUGGCGACCAUUCCUACGCCAAGUCAAGAAGAUAUAAAUAUGGUCUGUAUUUCCGGCAUUGGAUCUUCAAUGAUCAAAAAUGCGUCUGCAGUUCAAAAAAUCCCCCUUGUUUCGAUCCUAGGCAACAAUGUACCUUCAGAUGCAAUCGAUCUUAUAAAUAGAUUAUUGGUGUUUAACCCACACGACAGACUUACAGCAGAAGAAGCUUUGGAACAUUCCUAUAUUGCGAGAUUCCACAAUCCUGAUCAGGAGAUAUCUCUUGAAAUGUCAGUCACGGUGCCGUUAAACGAUGAUGUCAGGCUAUCUGUAGACGAUUAUCGAAAUAAGUUAUACGAACUGAUGGCGUCGCACAAUCAAAGACAAUCUAAACCAUCUCAUUUCGUAAAGCCAAAAAGUUUUGUACCUCAAGUUUACUCCAAGGUUUCUAAAAACACUGAAAACUAUUUUAAGCAUCAUGUGACAGUACAAGAAAAAUCAUAUAUUUCACAUUCAGAACCUAAGAUAGCGAGCAAAAAGAACCAUUGGAUCCAUGCUACGACGAUGAAAUCGGAUUCGAAAGUUGUAUCAAGACCAACAAUUCCUGUUACUUUACACAGAGGUGAGGUUAUGAAAGCCGGCGGUGAUUGUCGUUCGGCUGUGAAAAAGUCGUCAUCGGAAGCUGCGAAAAAGAAGAUAAUAACUAAAAACAUUAACUUCAACCAUGUCGGCAAGACCCACGGGAUUAUCACUCAAAGCGCAUUGAUGGAGCUCAGAGCUGCUGGACUAAGAUGAAACUCUAGGUCCUGUCAUUUGAUACACAGUAUUAUAUAACACUUUUAAUAUACAUGCAUUUUAUACCCCUUUGCACGUUGUGUAAUUUUUUUAUAUAA